AUGGCGGCGCUUCGGGUUCUGCCCGGCCUGGUGCUGCUCCUCGGUACUUUUGCAGCUGUGCGCUGCUUUCUUGGCCCCAGGCCCCAGCAGCAAUCUCCUCGCACCGUGCUCCGAGCGACUGCUCCGAAGCCGAAGACGGAGAACCCCUUCGAUGUCUUGGGCCUGCCACGAGGCACCAGCCAGGGCGAUGCACGAAAGGCCUUCCGCCGUAUCGCCCUCUCGGAGCAUCCGGAUGUGAACCCCGAGGACCCUGAGGCCGAGAAGCGAUUCUCGAAGCUGGUUACUGCCUACAACGCCAUCAUGGGCGACGAGAUCUUCCCGGAUGAGGUGAUGGAGAUCCGCGUCCAGAUGACCAAGCGCUACAGAGAGCGAGUCAACAGUGAGAUCAACGAUGCCGGUGGCCUCAUGUACAUGGGCAAUGCUCGGCUCAUCCAGGGGGUGAUAACAAUUCUCUUCUUCGGCGUUCUGUACGCGCUUAGCAACACCGACCAAACUACUCUCGUGAAGCUACUGAUGCCACCGCAGAGCCGCUGGAGUGGCGAGGCACCCUCCAUCAUCGGCCUCCUCUCUAAGGUGCUGGUGGAGGAGCACCUCGCCUGCCGUCUCGCAGUUGUGCAGGCAAUGCUGGCGGUGAUGAUGCAGUGGCACAGGCCCACGGCUCCGGCCUUCUCAGCUCCGGCCACCGGGCUUGGCCGCCGCUUUGCCCUGGCAGCUGCCCUGGCACCCGUGCUUCAGCCCGCGGUCAGCUGGGCCCAGCUGACUCAGGUGCCCGACUGGCAGGGUUCCUAUGAGGACCCCGACCAUCCGGGCUGCAAGCGGGAAGUGCGGGUGGAAGGCAUGAAGGUCACCAUCGACGCAGCGGAAGGCAAACCCGGCUGCGGGAACGGCGAGAAGGAGCGGCCAUGGAGCGUCUCAGGCAAGCUGAGCCUGGCGGCCUACAACGAGUUGAUUCUGGACUUCCGCACCCGUGGGGGUCCCGAGCGCCUCAUAGCCAGAUGGGAAAACAAUGCCAUACGCUUUCCGGAGGGUCAGUUUGUGCUGCCUGCCAUGUGGUCGGACGUGGCGGCGAUCGUGGGUCCCAAGCCCGAAGGGGGCGAUCCCUUCGCAGGCUUGCAUGGCUUCUAUCGCCUGUUGGCUGCUGCUCGCCGGGUGAUCGCCGGGCGCACGCCAGAUGGAGACCUCCGGCCAAAGCAAUGCGAAGCCGUGGACUUCAACCUCGGGGGUGUUUGGGACCAGCCCUGGGAGCGCCGCUCCAGGCGAUUCCAGAUUUGA